CAUUCCCCAUAACAUGCUGGACCUUCGAGCCGAACAUUAUUAAUCGCAAGAACCGUCGUCGAACCGAACAAUUCAAGAAACAAGACUGCCAAGUAUCAAAAAGCCGUCAUCGAGCCGCCCGAUCACCUUCACAGCCAUACAUACGGCCGGCCACCCAUCCCAUCACCUAUACCCGAUCAGCUUUGCUUCAUACUAAUCGCAACAAUUAAAUUGAUUCCAGCGGUAUUUCCGGGUUCGGGUUGCCGAGUGAUCGCAGCAGCAGCUCGAGACGCGGUGUGUUUGCUGAGCUACGAGUGCGCAUCGUGAGACGCAACCAGGAAUUAUCAACUCGCUCACUGUAAGAACUUUGCAUUAUCCUUACUUAGGCCGCCACAAUGGUAUUGUCCGGUGAAUCACCCCAAAAAUCUACUGAUACUUAUGACGCCAUACCCCGGGAACUCAUUAGAAAGCGUGGUGUUCUAAAGGGCAGGUUGACUAAAUUCACUAAAUUCGUAAACUCAUUAGACUCAAGUGUCGCAUUAACGGAUCAAAAGCGCGAGGACCUAAAGUUGCGUAUUCAAGGUGCCGCGAACUUAUUUUGUGAAUUCAACUCUGUUCAGUCUAGGAUAGAGGAAUGUGCACCUGAAUCAGACAUAGAUGAACAGCUAACACUUAGGGAGUCAUUUGAAGACAUUUAUUACAAUACCGUAGCUAUAGCCGAAUGUGCGUACAAUUUUAAAAGUGAACCCAUUAUUAAUCAUGACGAGGGUAACAAUACCAAGCACACAAACUCACACAUCAAAAUGCCCACAAUUCGCACGCCUACCUUUGAUGGUUCAUGUGAGGACUGGCUCGAGUACCGCGAUACAUUCGUGUCUCUAGUUCACAGUUCCAAAGAUAUUAGCGACAUUCAAAAGUUCCAUUAUCUUAGAUCAUCAUUAAAGGGCAGUGCAGCAUUAGUUAUCAAUUCAGUACAGUUUUCUAGUGACAACUACAAUGUUGCCUGGGAGUUACUAUUGAACCGAUUUAACAAUAGCAGGUUACUUACACAGAGUCAUGUAAAAUCACUAUUUACUAUGAAUGUAUUGAACAAAGAGUCACCCGUCUUAAUUAAAACACUCAUUGACAAUGUUCUCAAAAAUUUACGCGCCUUAAGCAUAUUAGGUGAGCCCACAGAACACUGGGAUACUCUAUUAAUAUAUUUAAUUGUUUCUAAGCUUGACAUAACCACUGAACGUGAGUGGGAGCAGAAAAAAGGUGAUUUAUUGUCUAGUAAAAGUGACUCAAAAUUAAAUAUUCAAGAUUUAAUUAAUUUCUUAAAAAACAGAGCAGACAUGUUAGAAUCAUUACAGCUUUCUCAUGGUAAGCAGAGCAAUUAUAAAGUUAUUAUGCACAAUAACAAUAAAAUUCAUGCUCAUGUUACAAACACCAAGCCGCAGCAGUAUUGCAGUUAUAAUCAACACAAGAAACUUUGUUUAGCAUGCAACUCUAAUCAUCCUAUUUAUUCUUGCCAAAAAUUUCAUAAUUUAAAUUUAGAAUCAAAGUUGUCAUUAAUUAAGAAAAACAAUUUAUGUAUUAACUGUCUGCGCUCCGGGUACACUGUCAACAACUGCAAACUUGGGUCAUGUAGGCUAUGCAACAAGAAACACAACACACUAGUACACAAUAGCGAUGAGUCUACACAAUCUGUUUCCAAUCAUUUAAAGCAACCUGCUGCCACAUUUUCACAAGUUACAGACACACACAAUACUGACAAUUCUAUACAAACAAUACAAGCCAACAAGGCACACAUUGAAUAUGAUAAACACACUACAUAUUCAUCCAGCAACCAACCAGUUUUGCUGUCAAUAGCAGAAAUAAGUGUAGCUGAUUCACAAAACAUUUACUACAAAGCGCAUGCCUUACUCGAUAGUGGCAGUCAGCGCUCUUUCAUCACACAAUCUUUAUGCAACAAACUUAAUAUACCAUUAAUACAGUCCACUCAAGAAAUUAGAGGAGUUGGGAACUCGGUGAUACACUCAACACAGUCCUGUCAAAUAAAAUUCAAAUCACACAAUCAUCAAUUCUCCACACAAAUACAAUGUUUUGUUCUGCCCAACAUUACAUCUACACUACCAGCAAUUACAUGUGCACGGUCUAUUGACAUACCCAACAAUAUUCAGUUGGCCAAUCCAGAAUUCUAUAAAUGUCACAAGAUAGACUUAUUGUUAGGCGCAGACUUAUUCUGGGACCUAUUAAAAACUGAUAGGAUAAGAUUGUCCAGCGGUCCCAUCUUACAAGACACACAUCUAGGCUGGAUUAUAUCAGGCCCAGUAAAAAAUUAUUUACAAAAUAAUCACAUAAAUUGUAACUUUUCACAGUCCAUUGAAACACAUUUAAGACAAUUUUGGGAGCUGGAGGAGCUUCCCAGGUCAGGUGCUGAUAAGUUUACUCCAGAGGAACGUGCGUGCGAGGAGCUUUACGUCAAAACUACAACGCGUGGUGAUGAUGGAAGGUUCUCUGUACGUAUUCCUUUAAAAUUAUCAGCUGACAAGUUAGGCGAAACAUUUUGCACAGCUAAGAAACGUUUUUUAUCAUUAGAAAAACGUUUAGAGCGCGAUCCUAAUUACAAAAAAUUGUACACAGAAUUCAUAAACGAAUACAUUAGUCUAGGGCACAUGACUCGUGUAGAGAAAUACGGAAAUGAUCAUUAUUUCAUGCCGCAUCACGGCGUAUUACGCGAACACAGUACCACCACUAAGCUGCGUGUAGUAUUUGAUGCCAGUUGUCCUUCCAGCACCGGCAUCUCAUUGAAUGACUUGCAAAUGGUAGGACCACCCAUUCAGGGAGAUUUAGUAUCCAUUUUAAUACGUUUUCGACAACACAAGUACGUUGCUUGCGCAGAUGUCGAGAAAAUGUACCGGCAGUGUUUAGUUGAUAACGAUCAACGCGACCUGCAACUUAUUUUAUGGCGAAAUCAUUCAUCAGAGCCGUUAAACAUUUAUCGUUUAAAUACAGUCACUUACGGAACCGCGUCCGCGCCGUUUCUUAGAAGGGCCCUUAUUCUGUAUGAUAGUGUAAACGCGUAACGCGGCCGUGUCAUGUUAUCUUCGAGAAAUGUGUGUGGAAUGGUAUUCUGUAAGCCAAAUUUCUAUAGUCCUAAACAUGAUGCGUUGUGUUACGUGCUUGUUACACACUGUCAAAAUAACGUGCGGGAUAGAGAAUAAGGCCCCUGUAGAUGUCUAAAGCAGCUCGCAUGCGAAAAUAAAGAUCCUGAAAUUAAGCGCGUCAUAAAUCAGGAUUUUUAUGUAGACGACAUGAUCACGGGACAUGAUAACAAAGAAACUUUGUUAAAUAAUUGUUUGGCAAUUUCUAAGCUACUACAGUCUGGUUGUUUUCCACUACGCAAGUGGAUGUACAAUUUUGAUUGCAAUACAACAGAAGUAGAUUUAGACUUAUCAAGUCAUUUGAAAUCAUUAACAUUAGGCGAAAAUGUCAAUGCAAAAACCUUAGGUAUAGGUUGGCAUAACUCAAGUGAUGAGUUCUAUUUUAAUUCACAUUAUAUUAACACUGAGCAAAAGAUUACAAAGCGCUACAUUAUAUCCAUAAUAUCACAAAUUUUUGAUCCACUAGGCCUACUUAGCCCGUUGAUUAUUACUGCCAAGAUAAUGCUUCAGAAAUUAUGGUUACUAAAGUUAGAUUGGGAUGACGAGUUACCCAAUGAUGUUACUCAAGUAUGGCAUAGGUUUGCUAGUUCUUUGCCUAUGCUAAACACCAUAAAGAUACCACGACAUGUAGUAAGUUCUAAUCCCAGUUAUAUUGAAUUGCAUAUAUUUACAGACGCUUCAGAAGCGGCAUACGGCGCAUGUGUCUAUGUACGCACCGUUAACACCGAUUCAACUGUAUCAUGCAAUUUACUAUGUUCUAAAAGCAAGGUUGCUCCUUUAAAACCAGUGAGUAUACCUAGACUAGAAUUGUGUGGGGCCUUACUCGGGGCUAGACUUUAUGACAAGGUACGCGAAUCAUUACACACCGAAUUUCGAAAUGUAGUAUUUUGGUGUGACUCCACAAUAGUAUUAGGAUGGUUGCGUAUGACCCCUAAUUUAUUAAAGACAUUUGUUCAAAA